AUGCGUGCAGUCACGCCCCAGACCCUCAACUGGCUUCGCGCCGUGGUCCGCCGCGAGCUCGAGGUCUCUACGCUCUCACCCACCACGUCCCGACACUCCCAUCCCCGCCUCCGCCCUUGCGCCGCUUUCUCCGCUCAAGCAUCACACGCCCGCGCAUUCAAUACGACGUCCAUGCGCUUGCAAAACUCUCCAUCUCCAUCUUCUUCAUCAUCAACUUCCGCCGCAGCACCGACGGUGCAACAUCAUACAUACUACACGUUAUUUCCUAAGACGCUCCCCCAUGGACCGCCGCCGACGGGGCCCUUCGCGGUCGACCUGCGUGCGCUGCGCAACGAGUUCAUACAGCUGCAAUCAGCGGCUCACCCAGACCGCCAACCUAGCGGCGGGGACAAGCGGCGGGCAGAGGGGCUUUCGGCGCGCAUCAACGAAGCCUACCGCACGCUGCAGAACCCGCUAUUGCGGGCGCAACACCUGCUGCAGCUGCGCGGAAUCGACCUGGCCGAGGAUGAACGGCUGAAGGUAGAGGACCCGGAGCUACUGAUGGAGGUGUUGGAGGCGCGCGAGGCAAUCGAAGAGGCGGAGAAUGAGGAGGAAGUGGUGGCGAUGAAGGAGGGGAACGAGGCAAGGAUCAACGAGAGCGUGGCGAUAUUGGAUAGGGCGUUCAAAGACGAUGACAUCGAGACGGCGAAGAGCGAGGCGGUGAAGCUGAGGUACUGGGUCAACAUCAAGGAUAGCCUGGAUGCAUGGGAGCCGGGGAAGCCAGUUGUGCUGCAACAUUAG